GCCUCGCGAAGGCCGCAAGGCCCGCAACACAAAACAGCAGAGGGCGCCUCUUCCGGGAGUGGGCAGUCUGCGCUGCGGACCGGAGAAAAGCGAGGAGCGGACGAUGGCGAAGGCCGACGAGGCGGCGGCGCUGCAGUUCACGCCGACGUGGAUCGUGGCGGCGGUCUGCUCGAUCAUCGUGCUCAUCUCCCUCGCCGCCGAGCGGGGCCUCCAUCACCUCGGCAAGACGCUCAGGAAGAACAAUCAGAAGCCUCUCUACGAGGCGCUCCUCAAGGUCAAAGAAGAGCUGAUGCUGCUCGGGUUCAUCUCCCUGCUGCUGACGGUAUUCCAGGGGAUGAUCCAGAGGACAUGCAUUCCUCCCGGCUGGACAGACCACAUGCUGCCAUGCAAAAGGCCGGUGGAUGACCAGGCUGCUGAGGUGGGCGCCAAGCAGGCGCAUUUUUUCGCCACUGAGAUCCUUGGCGGCAUCAAGCCGGGGCGGCUGCUCAGUGAGGGUGCAGCUGGGGCCGAGGCAGAGCUCUGCCAGAAGGAGGGAAAAGUUCCACUGCUGUCCCUUGAGGCCUUACAUCAGCUGCACAUUUUCAUAUUUGUUCUGGCUAUCUCACAUGUUUUUUUCAGUGCUGCAACUAUGAUUUUGGGAGGUGCAAAGAUACACAAAUGGAAACAGUGGGAGGAUGAAAUUCAGAAAGAUGAUGCAGGAAACGGACCUAAGGUAACCCAUGUGCAUCAACUUGAAUUUAUCAAGGAACGUUAUAAGGGUAUUGGCAAAGAUUCUAUAAUGUUGUGUUGGCUGCAUUCUUUUGGUAAGCAAUUUUAUGGUUCAGUAGCUAAAUCAGACUACACCACAAUGCGUCUUGGUUUUAUCAUGACUCACUGCCGCGGAAACCCAAAAUUUGAUUUCCAUAAAUACAUGGUGAGGGUGUUAGAGUCUGAUUUUAAGAAAAUAGUCGGUACAAGCUGGUGCUUGUGGAUCUUCGUGGUGAUAUUUCUAUUGCUGAACGUUAAUGGUUGGCACACAUACUUUUGGAUUGCUUUCCUUCCCCUUAUUCUUCUGUUAGCUAUUGGCACUAAGCUGGAGCACGUCAUAGCUCAGUUAGCCUAUGAUGUAGCUGAGAAGCACACGGCGAUCGAGGGCGACUUGGUCGUAAAACCAUCAGAUGAGCACUUCUGGUUCCGGCGGCCGAGGAUCGUGCUGCACCUGAUCCACUUCAUCCUCUUUCAGAAUGCAUUUGAGCUUGCAUUCUUCUUCUGGAUACUGGCCACUUACGGGUUCCAAUCCUGCUUCAUGGAUCAUGUUGGUUUCAUGGUGCCGAGGCUUGUUCUCGGGGUCGUUAUUCAACUUCUCUGCAGCUACAGCACCCUGCCUCUGUAUGCAAUCGUAACCCAGAUGGGGAGCUGCUACAAGAAGGAGAUCUUCAACAAGCAUGUGCAGCAGGGCGUCCUGGGGUGGGCGCAGAAGGCCAAGAAGAAAUCAGGGUUGCAGGAGGACAGCGCCACGGUCGAACCCGAACCCAUGAACGGCGCUGGUUCGGCUUGAGAUGGAAAAAAAUGGUGAAACGAGCAACCGGGGAAGACAGCGAGCCCGUUGGAAACACAGUGGUAGAGAAGUAGCAGCAGAGUGCGUUCUACAGAACAAUGGCUUGUAUUAUGUGUAGCCUUCCUCUGCUGUAAAGCCUAUUGGUGAGCCAACAUUUUGGCAGACAGCUUCACUUGCAAGCAGCCGCAGAACUGUGCUAAUAUAUCUGUAACUCAUAAAUAGUCAUCCAUGUCAAGUUCCCCAAAA